AUGAAUAAUCAAUUUCAUAUAUCGAAUGGCAUGUGUUUUGAUUACAACUUACCACACGAUAUAUCGGAUCAUCAUUCAAGGCUUUCGUUAGAGGAACAACCAAAUAAAUUUUGGAGAGUUGAUCAUAUUAUUAGGAAUAGCUCGGAUAGUAGUAGUAAUAAUAAUUUAUCAACAACAAGAACAGAAGACAAUACUUCUAAAAUAGUUGUUGUCGACGUAUUGGAAAAUGAUUAUCAUUCAAAACUUGUUGAAACAAUUGGAAUUUCCGAAACUCAAUCUGAAUACAAUAAGAUGAAUCAAGAUAUAUGUUUUCAGCUGAAAGGAAUAUUGAAUGGUAAUGAAACUGAUGACAUUGAGAAUUUGUUAAACAAACACCAGUUCAAAAACAUUGCUGAUGAAUAUCCCACUGAAUAUAGAAAUUGUCAACGGUUGUUGAUGAGAAGCAAACAGUUGGCCCAUGUUUUAUGGGAGAGAAUUAAGCCACAUUUUACAAAGACUGAUUUAAAGAAUAUGAGACCAUAUGGGUUUGACAAUAAUGGAACGUGGGUACCAAUUGGAUUGAAUGAUUGUUUCAGAGUGACUAAAUAUGAGAAAGGAGAUUAUUUCAAGCCGCAUAUGGACGGCCAAUUUAUUAAGAACGACAAUGAGAAGAGUAUUUUAACUGUAUUGAUUUAUCUUUCCUUCCAUGGUGGAGAGGGAGGAGCAACAAAAUUCUUCAAACUUUUAUCAAAGGAGAGAACACGAUUGACUCUACAAGAAGUGGUUUCUGUGACUCCGGUUGCACAUGAUUGUUUAAUAUUCAAUCAUGAUCUCUAUCACAGUGGAGAGACAGUUAUAUCUGGAAGAAAGUACAUUUUAAGAACAGAAAUUAUGUUUAAAAGAGUAGAUGCCGAAAGUAUUCUCAAAUCCAAUUAUGAACAAUCAGAAGAAUACCAACAAGCGAAAAAACUAGUUGAUGAAAGUAACAUGCUUGAAAAACAAGGUAAAGUUAAAGAAGCAACAGAAAAAUAUUUAGAAUCUCAAGAAAUACAAGUGAAGCAUUCUACAAAGCUCUUUAUGGAAAGAAAAAAUCGGAAAAUGAGUGAAAUUGAGAAAAUUCUUCCUGAAGAAAUUUUUGUCACAAUAUUCAGCUAUUUGACUCCCUUAGAAAUUUGUAGAACUGUUAUUCCUCUCAACACUUCAAUUAAUUACUAUGCACGAAGUCAGAUUUUAGAAAGUAUUAACACUGACAACAAAGAUAACCCAUUCAGACAUCUUGGAGCGCUAUCAAGUGUUGAAAAAUCAAUUAUUGUCGAAGAACUCAAAUCUAAACAGAAAAAUUAUGCUGCAAAAGAAGGUGCGAAUUUUGAUACUAUUGAUUGGUAUAAUUGUUUCAUGACAAGAAAGAAUUUCGAGAAUGAUUUUUGUGCCAUUCUUUUUGAUCCUGGUACUUCAUUGAUCAAAUAUGGUUUAAUGAGUGAUUCCAAUUUUACUAUCGAGAAAACUAUUUGUGUGAAACCUUUUCAUGUGCACUUUAACAUUUCUGGUCGUGGGCUUGAUGACAUUGUUGUUGGAUGGCAUGAUUGUUACAAUUACAAUUUCUGUCGUCCAUUGCCUCUCAUAACAUCCUCAGGAGGUGUUCAACACCAAACAGUUUCCUAUCUCAUUCAUCAAACUAUACAACAAGCGUUCGGAAAAGACUCUAUACGAAAGCAUCCUCUUUUAAUUGCAACUCCAUAUUUCUGGAGCAAAGAUGAUGAAAUCAAGAUUACUGACAUUUUGUUCGAUAUUGGAAUACCAGCAAUUUGUAUGGUUCCUUAUUAUGAACUACUCUUCUUAUAUUAUCAAAUGGAGAAUUGUUUGAUUGUGGACAUGUCACGCUCUGGAUUGUACUGUUUUGCAAUGUAUAACGGGAAAAUUGUGAAAAAUUGUGAAAAUGGAGUCUUGUUUGAGGAAGAUCCCAACGAUAAGAACAAAGCAUUACACGAUGCUGGAAAAAACAUGUUAAAUGUACUUCAAAUACUACCUGUGGACCAAAACAGUCAUUUAUGGCAGGAGCUUGCGUCACAAGUGGAAGAUGUUUAUUCAUAUGGAAAAGAAGUGGAUGGUGAGAGUCGUUGUGUGCUCGGAGAAAAUUUGUAUACCUUUGUGAUUCAUCUUGUACUGUCAGCUCUCGAUUCAUGUCCACAAGAAUGUCAAGUCGACAUGAAAAACAAAUUACUUCAAAAUAUUAUAGUAAGAGGAGGCUUGAGUCUUGUGAAUGGUCUUAUUCCAAGACUAGAAAAUGAUUUGAAAAAACAAUUUGGAACGUAUUGCGACAAGAUUAAUAUUUCUCUCAAAUAUGAUCCUUUGGACACUAUGGGAGGUGCUAAAAUUUAUGCCAAUUUGAGCUCCUUCAAAGAGAAGUGUAUUUUCAAUGUGUAA